AGCACAUUAUUGUGAGUAUAGCGACGAAAUGUGACAUAGAUGGUACUAUCACUGUUUUCACCCACUAUGUGAUGAGGAGACUACACCACGUAGAGCGGUUCGCCGUCACUAACGCUGUAUAUGCCCUCAGCGAUGGCAUGAAUAACGGCGGCGCAUAUUUCUUCAAAUCCACGGUGUAUGAUCCGGUUGCUAUGACGACGUAUUCGGCGAUACAACCCUCGUUUCUACGUGGUGACAUGAUACGUUAUACGGCGUCGUACUCCAAAUGUAAUGUGAAAACCUUAUGCACCUCUAAUCGGUUUAUGCCAAACCCAUUCCUCGAAUGCAGGGCGUUCGUAUUGGAUCUGGUUGGCAUGGAGAUCUUCACCAGGGAAAGUAUACAUUUCAUAAUAUCGGCGGUAGAUAUCGACGACUUUGGUUGGAGCUGUUUUUUUAAUAAAUUCCCGCGCAGCGUUGCCGAACCCGAGCAUGACCCAAGUACGAAAAUCUUCCGAUUACAACCCAUAGGAUUCAACGACCCAGUUGAUCCCACAGGUGGACCUGUAGAUCCUACCGAUGAUGACGUAGUUCCGACAGAUAAUACUGCUACUGAAGUCUCCUCAGUCCAUAGUAUAAAACUACGAACCGGCGUAGGAUUAACAUCACUGGCGGAAACAUCAUUGAUCUCGCUCAACCAUCCCACGAUGAUCUCUUUCAAAUACGUUGUUUUUCUUUCGUGCUGUAUAUCAGUGCAGUGUGACGAAUCCUCGCGUUAUGACCAGCUGACGGAUGCCAAGCAAGUAAAAGAAGCUCUGGUUGAUGGAUACCCAGUCAAAUUUUUUGUCGAUUUUGAGAAAUGUGAAACGACGAAAAUACCUAUUGCAAUUCCCGAGGUGGACCUGCAGCCACCUUCACAGUACGGCUCGAUUAUCACGGAAUUCCGCGCGACACAAGACGUAACUGGGGAACCAGUCGACAUGCGAUUCACUACAACAAAUAUCAUGCAAUUUCCUGGCGUAUUAGAGCAUAUAUACGUGCACACCGAGGUUGUGCUAUACCCAACUGGCAACGUCACCGUCAAUACCCAUUAUAUCCAACGUAAGGGACUCGUCAAUGCUGGAACAUCUGAGAACGACUGUCUGCUGAAUGACGGUACCAACGACGAGGGCGCCUUCUUUUACAAGUCGACUUUGUAUGAACCUGUUGCUAUGACAACCUAUGAUGAAAUCGAGUCAGCGCUGGUUGAUGGAUACAGUGUACGGUAUGGUGUGGUGUUCACGCGUUGUGGGGAUUUUGGUGGUAGCUCAGAUAUGUUGGGUGCAGGGGACAUGCCACAAUAUUACAUUACAAGAGGUGAGCAAAUUUCCACUGCUACUAGAAGGUUUGCCGCCAAUCCAACUUUAAAUGGUGAAUUUGUAUUAGACACAUUCAGAGUAGACAUCUUCAAAAAUGCUACAGUGAAACUGUCAGUGGCGUCCUUAGAUUUUGAUGAUUUCUCGAGUGUCAGGGAUGAAGAGGUGCUGUGCAGCCUCGAAGACCCAGCUAGUGAUCCACCAGCCUCGAUAUUCAAACUUGUUCCACGCGUUGAUGAGCAGUCCACAGCUCCUGACUCACCGUACCUUAGUCAGUUGGUGACUUCGACGCAAAUUGGGGAAGCAUUGAGUGAAGGUUAUCCGAUGCAGUUCUUUGUCAAUUUUGAAAAUUGUGAUAGGGAUUUGGUAGUUACACCACCGGAGAUAAGCUUGGAGGAACCAACGGACUUUGGAACAAUUAUAGAUGAAUUCCGUGGUACCCGAGACGUCACGGGAAUGGCGGUACAGCUACAAUUCACUGCAACAAAAGUCGCUAAAUUCAGAGGCGUUGAUGACCCCGUGAUCGUUCAUGUUAGUGUGGUGACCAACCCAUCAGGAGCAGUGAGCGUAGCGGUCCAUUAUAUUUCACAGGCCAACUAUACAUCGUUCGGAGUGUCCAACAACAUUUGCCAACUGAAUGAUGGAACGAGCGGUGGUGGUGGUGCUUUCUUCUAUAGGUCGACUCUGUACGAGCCUGAGCCGUUGCAAUCAUUCAAAAAUAUACAGACAGCUGUGACUGACCAAUAUAAUGUCCGUUACGGUGGUUCGUUUAGUCGAUGCGAUGAGGUGUUUAGUGGUGCUGAAACCCUUAGCUCAGGAUUCAUGAAAGUGUUCUAUAUUCUCAAAGACCAAAGGAUCACUGCAUCAAUCAACAAGCUGUAUCAGAAUCCAUAUUACAAUGGUGGCUACGUACAGGACGUAUUCCGUGGUGAUAUAUUCAGCAAUGACACCAUGCAUGCCUCACUACAAACUUUAGACAUUGACAACUUUUUUCAACGUAUCACUGAUGUGAAUGUAGAAUGUCCCAUCAACGACCCGCCUAACGAUCCACCCACAAAAAUAUUUCAAAUGGUCCCCCGUAAAAACGCGCUGCAGACAACUGCCGGCGCUGUGACUGUGACUGUGACUGAGACAGCCGGAACAACAAAGCAGCCCAAAACUGAAACAUCUCGGAGUUCUUUGACGAAGUCAUCUUUCAUAGUCACAUCCAUUGUUUUGUUAGUAUUCUUUUUCUAA